ACAGUGUUAAGAAGCGGGCUAAUUCCGCAGUUUUAACAGUGCAUAUUCUUAAUGGAAUAGCGACAACCGAUAGUGAUGAAAAAAAAAACCCUUGCCACUGAUAGAAAAGCAUGAACGCGCGCGUGUGGCUUAUCACAGAGCGAACGAACGAACGAACGAAGUGUGUGUGUGUGUGUGUGUGUGUGUAGACGGGAGGCGUUGGAAUGCUCCGCUUUUUUCUGCUGACCAGCGACAAAUAAGCUAAGCCUCUGCAAGCACAUUAUUGUUCGAAGUUUCCCCGUCAAGCGUGAAGAAAAUGUCCCAAAGAUCGAUCCAUCUGUAGGUGUUUGCCGAGUUUACCGAUCGCAUUGGUCCUUUCGAAUUUGUGGGAGAAGCCUUUUCCACCAAUCGAUCACAUUCCCUUCAACCAGUCCCAGCCCGAAACAUGUAAAAGGCACCCUAGCGGGGGUACCUGUGAACAGUGUGGAGCACGUGGAAGAUGUACUAUGGCCUGCUCUGAAAAUUCUCUCAUCAACUCCGUUCCCGUUCCGUUUUACGUGCGUCUACUGUUGCUGCUGCUGUUACGAUUGGAUCUACCGGAAAGGGCUGGCCACUAUCGCAGCCUGGUCUCCCAUGAAUGACAGCAAUUUCCGUCCCAAAAACCGAAUCCCCUCAGUGAUCGGUCGAUUAGCUAAAGUGCUGCGGGUUCAAUUGUUUACAUUGUGUACAGUGUGUGUUUCGCCCGGUGAAAAGCUUCUCAGCUUCCAGAUCGCACCAGCUUGAUCUGCAAUCAAACACGCACCGAGAAUAAGUAAUAGUUUGCAAAAGUGAUAAUUGAUAAAAAGUAUCAUCGGCUGUGUGUGUGUGUGUGACGAUCGUGACGUGUGCAGUGUGGCAAGGAGUUGCAGGAGCUAUCUGAUUGUGCAGGUACGUUCGCGUGCAAUCAGGCAUAGAUAUCGGGCUGACUGUGGACGGACGGGUAGAAAAGUUUAUCGCAUGCACCGCUGUUACAACUGAUGCGUACCUGCCAUCAGGCCUCACCGUUCAGCCACACAGUGUUGCCGUGUUGCCGGUGUGAUCCCGAUCGCAGACGGAGGAUGUGUACGCAGCACAGGAGAUAAAAAAGGUAGAUCUCAGUGAAUCUCGCUGCUGGGCGUAAGGUGAGAAGCUUUACCCCGUCCUAGACCGAUCGAAACCGAACGGCAGUGACUGAAACGAGCGAAUCUGAAAGAAAACAAAAAAACCAGUACCGCGAAUGUGAAUGAAUGUGCGAAGGCAGGAAAGGAAGGAGGAGGAGGAUGGAAUUCUAGUCCCAAGGUGGAGGUUGAUCCCGCACGGUGGACCUCCGCAAAGUUUAUUCCAUCGUCGGAGCAGGUGGAGUGAUGUGGUGUAGCGUAUGCGUAUCGUAUUUGAUAUCCUAUCCGGGUGGUGCGGUUUGUGUGUAAGACGAGACUGUGCGUGUGUGUUACUACUGAUUCUUGCCUUGAGAUGUUGUGAUAGCGGUGUGUUUGGUGCAAAGGAAGUGUAAAGUGUAGUUUAAACAAUCGCAAAUUUGUAAGCGAGAAAGUGCGUGCAUACAAACCACCAUUUUAAAGUGCAUCUUAAUUGACAUAGUCUGUAAGGGUAGUGUAGGGUGUAGUGUAGGGGAACCCGUUUAUCUGAUCGCAGCACAGUCUUCUGGCCAAAGCAGUAGAUCGGUCAGCCAAUGGUCAACCAUGACGCCCAAAGAGUGGUUCGCUUUGCUCCUGUUUUAUGCUGCGUACCUGUUCAUGGGCGCCAGCGUGUUCUACCAUAUUGAAAAUGACCUGGAGAAGGAGCGGCGCGUGGAGGAGUUGGCGGAGAGGAUCGAAAUCAAUGAAAUGCUCGUGAAAUAUUUGUCACCCGAAGACCUGGCACUGCAGCGUAAGCUCAUUGGACGGCUGGACGACUACUGUGGCAGCCGGGUGACAAAUUACACCGAAGACGAAUACGAACCACCGUACGUUUGGGAUUUUUACCAUUCGUUUUACUUUGCCUUCAUCAUCUGUUCAACAGUGGGUUAUGGCAAUAUCUCACCUCACAACACGUUUGGACGAAUAUUUUUAAUCUUUUACGCCCUAAUUGGUCUGCCAGUGAACGGGUUCUUCUUUGCGUACGUUGGCGAAUUCUGGGCCCGUGGUUUUGUCCGGCUGUACCGCCGCUACAAAGCUUAUAAAUUAUCUGCCAACGCUCGGUACGCACCGCGUAGGAUCAGCUUUAUUGGACAGAUCGUUCUGUACCUCAUACCGGGCGUGAUCGUGUUCAUCUUCCUGCCGGCCUGCAUAUUUACGUACUUCGAGCAGUGGCCAUACGACGUUUCGGUGUACUAUUCGUUCGUAACGCUUACUACGAUCGGGUUCGGUGACUAUGCGGCCUCAUUCCAGCCGUCGCAGGAGCACGAGUUCGGGUCGCUGUUUACCGUCUACAAGAUAUUCAUCAUUUUCUGGUUUUUCGCCGGAAUCGGUUAUAUUUUUAUGAUUUUGGGCUUUAUUGCCAAAGGCAUAUCGCACAAAAAGAUAAUCGAGCUGGAAAAGCUUGUUGCAUCGAACCUGAAGGAAACGCAGCACCGUGUGUGGAACGGAGUUACCAAAGACAUUAGCUACCUGCGCAAGAUACUGAACGAGGUUUACAUGCUUAAGUUUAAGCCCGUGUACGAGGAACCUUCGGACCGGUUGUUGAGUCUCUCGAAGAGUCGAUCCAGCUCCUGCCCGGAGCUGUCGAUGUAUCGUUCGCCAGAGCUGUGCAUCACUCGACGCAAGCGUGCCAACUCGGAAAGUGUGCUGGUGUUUUCGGAACCGAAGUCGCUGGAUAGUGGAUCGCUGGUGCGCCGCUUGUCGGACACCGCCCUGAAUCGUAUCAAUCGCGAGAAAACGUUCGGUGUACAGGCGUUGGUGCAGCCGGCCGAACUGUUGGCACGUGUUGUAACGGCGCUGGGGAAUAUUACGGCCAACCAGGACGACAAUCAGAGCUACCUCGAGCAAGCCUCACUGAAUGCGGGCGUGAACUGUUUUUCGGACUCACAAAUUUUGGCCAGCGAACGAACGUGGUCCGGCUGGUCAAUGAGUGGAUCGGACAAGAGUGCCUACCUGACGGCGCCUCCUAUGCGACCGCGAGCGGCAUCCGAUAUUGGACUUCCACCGCACGCUACAUCGCAGGAUGCAAAUGAGUGGACAUGGAGCGGUGGAGACAACAACCAAAUACAGCAGAUACUGACGAUUCGCCAGAAAGUGAAACAAAAAGACAACCUUCUGCGGGCGGCCCUGUCCAACACCGUCAACUUUGACUCUAGCCUCACGAUCAACGUCCCGCCGACCGGCGCCGAGAGCAAAGCGUCGGCCGUUAACCGCGGAAUGUUGCGCCGACUUAAUCCAUUCCGCAAGCGUUCGAAGACACCCGCUCCGGACCUGGAGGCUGGCCCGGGUCCGCUCGAUUCUUACCUAUCGGCCACGAGCAAGGGUCGCAGUUCGAUGUUCAAUCUACCUACCUCGUCCUAUCUGAUGGCAACAUCGCGUGGUCGGGGCAGCAUUCUUUCGAUGCCUCCACAGGAUGAGCAUCUGCUCGAAACGACCACCAUAGGCGAUCUGUUGCGUGCACUGGAGCGAAUGCACACGGACACGGUAACUGCCGGCGAUCAUCGGGGAAGCUUUGCCGACCAAAACGAUUCCUUCGGUCGCAAACGCACCCAGCAAUCGAUGGGUAGCGGGCAGAGUAAUUUACCAUCACUCUUAACACUGUUCACACCACCGAUCGAGCCUGGAUCACGGCGUGGCUCAAUAAAGCCCCCGCUGGGACGUACCGGAAGUUCGGGCUCGGCACCGAUUAUGCGACGACCAUCGUUCCGUCCAUCCAAUCCACCAUCCUACUCGGCCACCGUAUCGGGAUCUCCGGCCGGCGGUGGAAGCCCAACGCUUAGCGUCAUCAGUCCAUCGCCCAAACCGAUCCGGCGACGGUUCAGUGUACGGCCGUCGAAUCUCGCCUAUCCACCCGGCCACUGUCCCCGUCCGCUGGUCGGUGGAUCCGAACAGCUGGGUGCACCUCACAUCAACUCAUCGUCCCAAUCGUUGCACAACCUACCGACGACAACGUUGCAGCGAAGGCUGUCGUCCCGUCCGAGCCCGCUAGUCACGAACCAAUCGUCACACCUGACCGUCCCGACAGCAAUGGCAAGUGCGGCCGGAAUCGGUGCUUCCAGUGGGCAAGGUCAGUUCCGGUGGCGGCCGAAUCUGAUGCGUUCCGAUUCGGACCAAUCGGCAGCUCCGAGCGGAUUGCCGGUGCCGGGGAACGGUGGACGCAAUCGGCACAGUAGCUUAUCGAAUCUGUUCGAUCAGAAGCGCUAGCAGCGGAACGAGCUAGUCCGAUCACAUCACGUAAGCAAGAUAUUAGGGUUAGGGUUAGCAUCCGGCACCAGUGUGGAAGCCACCGUGGAAUGUAUCAGUAUUUCGUUUCGUUUGUCCUGCCGGAGCAUCGGAAGGACAGAACGGCUAGUAAUAUGAAGCUAUUUAUGAAACCAUUCGAUGCCAUUCACCAGACCAGUCAUUAUGAGUUUGUAGUUAUAGUUUGUAGCGCAAUCAAGUGAGAACCCAACCAGUGGGGAAACCCGUGGCCGUGGACCAGUGUGGCAGCAUGUGAAGCUGUCAGUCAGUGUGGCAUCCGCGACAGCGAAGAAGACAAGUAUGACGGAAUAAAUAUAAAAGUACGACAAGUGUAAAAAAAAA